AUGCUUGCUGUACAUUCAGAACAAGGUGGUACAGUCGAACAAAAAGGUAGGAGUACUAAAGGGAGCAAAAUAUACAAAAAGAUCGAGCUCGGACAACUUACUCCUCAUAAUAUCAAGCAAUUCAGAUUGAUAAAUCAAACUGUAUUCCCAGUCACAUACACAGAGAAAUUUUAUAGUGAUGUUCUAAAGAAUAGUAAGAUGUGCAGACUUGCUUACUUUAAUGAUAUCGUCGUUGGAGCUGUUAGUUAUCGGGUAGAGAAUGUUGUUGUGAAGAAUGUCGAUUUGGCUACGGAUGAUAAUAACGGCCAAGCUAAUCAAACUGUCAAGAAGUGUUAUAUUAUGACUUUGGGAUGUCUUGCACCAUACAGAGGCUACGGUGUUGGUACGCUUAUGUUAAAACAUGUCAUUAAGAGCUGUUUAAAGCACGGUGGUAUUAAAAGUAUUUAUCUGCAUGUUCAUGUUGGUAAUGAAGGCGCAGUAGCGUUCUACAAACGUUUCGGUUUUGAAAUAACUGGAGAAGUUAGUGAUUACUACCGCCGUAUUCAUCCUCAAACUGCCUACGUGCUCGAAAGGUCCCUAUCAGCUACAGAAGCUAGGGAAUCCGACUCAGAAUCCGAUUAA